AUGUAUGAAGGAAUUAUGGAAGAUCUCAAAGAAGUAAGUGAAACAUUUCGAUUAAGAGAUAUAACUAGAAAUGAAGAAUGUGUUGAAGUGAUGAAGAGAUGUAAUGAAAUAAUGAAGAGAAGAAAUGAAUGUUAUGAAGAAUACAAGAAAGUGUAUCGAGAAAUAGUUGAAAUAGAAAUUUCAAAUAUACCAAUAAAAGAAGGAAUUGAAUUUUGUUGUAAAAUCACAGAAGGAGUUUUAUUAAGAAAGGUGUUAAGUGAUUUAAUCAAACAAAGCCAAUCGAAAUUAACAAUGUACAAAACACUUCAAAUGAUUUCAAAUGAACAACUAAACCAAACAAUACAACAACAUAACAAAGAAUUAAAAAAAGGAAUUAUUACAACAAAAGAAUGUGUUGUUUGUCAUAAAGAAAAGGAUGAAUUAAUCAAUGUAUUUGGAUGUGGUCAUAGUUAUCAUUCAACAUGUUUAAAAUCAUCAGGAAUAUGUUUAGAAUGUAAUCAUCUUAUGAAAUAA